AUGGAAAAUCUUCGUAUCACAUCCGCCCCGCCAACUUUAUCACUUUAUCAGCAGCAACAGUCGCAGCAGCAGCAGCAGCAGCAUCGGCCUCGUCGUGCAACGAAAAGUGAUUUUGGCUUAAGGCAAUCCUCAUCCGCAUCGUUGCUAUCGACGAACAGCAACAAUUCGAAACUGGUUCUCGGCCAGAUCCCGUUGAGCAGGAAACGGCAGUCAACAGAAGAACGUUUAAAUUCUGCGCAAUGGCCAAGUGUCCUACCUUUAGCCGACAGAACUAUCCAUCGUGACAAUCGCUGCCUGGAUAGUAUGUUUAAGGCGCAGUCUGCUCUUUUUCUAAACGGGAACUGUUUUUUGAGUGUUCAGACGGAUGUAACAGCGCAUCAUCGACACCAAGCCGUCGAAUGGCUCUUUGAUGUAUGUAAAGAAGAGCGCUGUGAGGCGGAUGUUUUUCUGCUAGCUGUAUCAUUAGUGGAUCGGUUUCUCAGUGUACAUCCAAUUGAUCGUCAUAAUUUGCAAGCUCUGGCCGGUGUAUGUUUGUUUGUAUCAAGUAAAGUGAAAGCACCUCAACCACUGAAUGCUCAAAGGGUUGCCUAUUAUACCGAUGGAGCGGUACGUGUAGAUCAGAUUUUG